AUGGACAACUCUGCUGUGGCCACCUUAACAGCCACCGCAUUGAGCACUGAGAUGCCCAUGGACUCUGCACCAACCACUGUAGGAACUCCGACCACCCCCAUGGACACUUCUCCCCCCACAGACUCCCUAGAUACCACCAUGGCCUCCAAAACAACCAGAGACACCUCAGAACUUCCUAACACYUCCUCCUGGCCAACCGCCCCAGACACCUCGGCAGCUUCCACAGCUGCAGGUGUCUCCACAGGCACGCUGGCCACCAAUAGCAACCACGACAUGACCACCACACUCACCUCACACAGCCCCACGGGGGACGCUUACACCUCCAGCACCACAGAGGGCACUUACACCUCCACCAUGGGCACUUCAUUCUCCACCACAACCACCGCUGUGACCACUAGGGGCAACUGGGAAACCACUGCAGAAACGUCCGCGUUUCCCAGCCCCACUUUUGUCUCCACCACCUCAGGGAUCAACAGCCRCCCUCCCACGGACAUGAUGAACACCUUGGACACCACCACGGUCAAAAGAACGUCAGMUUCUACACAGGCGUUGGAAAGCUCAGCAGCCUCCACCACCAACACCAUCACCUCAGGCAUCAGCAGCAGUCCCCUCACGUUGACCUCGGACAUURGUUCCAUCACACCAACUUCCACAGUCACCUCCACACUACCAUUUACAGAGACCGAGGGCAAUGCAGCGAACUCCAGUGCCGCCGUUGUCACCUCCUCUGGUACCUUCACCUCCACCAUGGAAAUCUCCCAAGCCACCGCAAGCACCUCUCCAACCUCCUCAACCUUCCCCCCCACCACCGAGGGGUCUUCUGAAAGUCCCCCACCCAARUCUGAAACCUCCGUGGUCUCCUCUGCCAACCUGGGCACCUAUGCAACCCCUGCACAAACCUCAACGUUCACUAGCGACGUGGACAUGGACACCCUGACCAAACUCACCUCUUCAUCCUUCACUGGAAUCUCCGGCACCCCCGGUGGUACUUGGCAAACAACAGCCCAAACCUCAGCACCUGAAACCGUCUCCCCUGCUCAAACUGCCGUCACCUUGGAGACCAUCAGCAGCCCUCUAGCACCUACAACUGCCCCCACAUAUGCAGACACCACCACCACCUUGGCCAGCACUGCCCUCACACACACCUCCCAUUCCACCAUCAUCAUUUCAACUUCAAUACAGAGCAUGGGGAGCUCAGCUCCAUCUCACGGCCCCUCCAACACCCUUUCCACCAUUUCCGAGACCACCAACGAGACCUUCCAAGGCACCACAAGCACCUCUCCAUCCUCAUCAACCUUCUCCUCCACCAACAAGGGCACUUGGCAGACUCUUACAAACAUCGUACCAACACCUGGAGCCUCCUCAGCCAGUCUAAGCACCUCCAAAACCACAAGAGAAACCUCAGCAUCCACCAUGGACAUGGACAACUCUACAGCAACCAUCUUCACAGCCACCACAGCAAGGACUGAGGUGCCAACCAAUUACGCAUCAAGCACUGUAGGAACCCUGACCACCCCCAUGGACACAUCUCCUCCCACAGACACCCCAAACACCUCCACAGCCUCCUCCACAGACACCUCAGAACCUCCCACCUCCUCCUCCUCAACCACUACAGACACCUCUGCAACUUCCACAGGCACACAUGUCUCUACAGACACCUUGGUCACAAACAACAGCCCAAGCAUGACCACCACAACCACCAUGGACACCUCUCCUCACACUUACUUCUCCUCCACCACCAUCUCCUCCACAUCCACUCACACCUCUGACACCACCAGUAGCGCAUGGCCAACCACAGCAGACACCUCCRCCACCCUCUCCACCACUUCCAGAACCACCAAUGAGAUCUCACAGGCCACCAUAAGCAACACGCCAACCUCAUCAACCUUCUCCACAACCAACAUGGGCACUUGGGAAACUCCAACGAGCACCGAUGCAGCCUCUGGGACCUCCUCUGCCUCCCUGGGCACUUCUGCAGCCACAAGAAAAGCCUCAGCCACCACCAUGGACAUGGACAACUCUACAGCAACCACCUUCACAGCCACCKCUUUAAGCACUAAGAGCCACACAGAUUCUUCAUCAUCCACAGCAAGAACCUUGAUCACUUCCAUGGACACAUCUCCUCCCACAGACACUCAAAACACCGCCAUGGCCUCCUCCAAAACAAACGUGGACACCUCAGAAUCUCUUAUCUCCCCUUCACCAACCACCACCGACACCUCUGCAACUUCCACAGGCACACAUGUCUCUACAGAAACCUCGGUCACAGAAAACAGCCCAAGCAUGACCACCACAACCAGCACGGACACCUCUCCUCACACUGACACCUCCUCCACAGCCACCUCCUCCACCUCCACUCACACCUCUGAAACCACUCAGGACACRUGGCCAACCACAGCAGACACCUCAGCCCGUACAAGCACCCCUGGCUAUGCAGACACCUCCACCAGCUUGGCCAGCACUGCCCUCACACACACCUCACACUCCACCACCACCAGCUCAGCUUCUACACAGACCAUGGGAAGCACAACUCCAUCUCACAGCACCACUCCCACGCUCCCAACCAUGUCCAGAACCACCACAGGAAUGUCCCAAGUCACCACUAGCACCACUCCGUCCCCAUCAGCCUUCACCACCAGCACCAAUACAGGCCCUUGGGAGACUCCCUCCAGUAUUUCCACAACCCCAGAAGUCUACUUGACCACCCUGGGCACCUCUGCAGCUACAAGAGAAACCUCAGCACCCCCCAUGGACAUGGACAGCUCUACAGCAAUCACAUUAAUAGCCACAACAUUAAGCACUGAGAUGCCCUCAGACUCUGCAUCAAGCACCAUAGGAACCCUCACCGGGCCCAUGGACACAUCUCCUCCCACAGACACCCCAAAYACCACCACGGCCUCCUCCACAGACACCUCUGAAAAGCCCACCUCCUCCUCCUCAACAACCACACACACCUCUGCAACUUCCACAGGCACACACGUCUCUGCAGACACCUCCGUGACAGACAACAGCCCAGGCAYGACCACCACAACCACCAUGGACACCUCUCCUCACACUGACACCUCCUCCAUGGUGACCUCUUCCACAUCCACUCACACCUCUGACACCACCAGUGGUACAUGGCCAACCACAGCAGACACCUCAGCACCUACAACCGCCACCACCUCUGCAGACACCACCACCACCUUGGCCAGCACUGCCCUCACACACACCUCACACUCCACCACCACCAGCUCAGUUUCUACACAGAGCACGGGAAGUGCAGCUCCUUCCAUCAUCACUCGUUCCACACUCUCCACCACUUCCAGGACCACCAUAGAAAUCUCCCAAGGCAUCACAAGCACCACUACAUCCUCUUCAACCUUCUCCACCACCACCAAUAGGGGCCAUUCGGAGACUCCCUCCAACAUCACUACAACCCCUGAGGCCUCCUUGGCCACCCUGGGCACCUCUGCAGCCACAAGAGAAACCUCACCACCCACCAUGGACAGCUCUACAGCAAACAACUUCACAACUAUCACAUCAAGCACUGAGAUGCCCAUGGACACCGCAAACACCAUAGUGACCCUGACCACCACCAUGGACACAUCUCCUCCCAUAGACACACCAAAGAGCUCCACAWCCCCCUCCAAAACACCCACACACACCUCAGAACCUYCCACCACCUCCUUCACAACCACCACAGACACCCCUGCAACAUCCCCAGACACAGGCACCACAGCAACCUUGGACACGAACACCACCAAAACCCCACCACAUUCAACAGAGACCUCAUCAACCCCCACAUUAACCAUCAGCCCUAGUGCUGAGACCACCAUGACCACCUUGGACAUCAACAGCAGCCCCGUCACUGCYGCCACGGGCACAAGGACCACCCCCACAGCUUCCACAGAGGCCUUGGGAAUUGCGCCAACCUCAGAACAUCCCACCUCUGCUUUGGACUCCUCCACCACCACGGGCAUCAACAGCAGCCCCCUCGCAGGCACCACAGCCACCCUGGACACCACCUUCACCACACCAGCUUCUACAGACGACGUGGGAACCGCAGCUUCAUCCACUCUCAACUCCAACACYGUUUCCACCACCUUCCACUCCACCAAAGGAACCUCCCAAGGCACCACAAGGAGCUUUCCAACACAAUCCACCCUCUCCACCAUCGAGAGCACACCCCAAACUGGCACAGAAACUGCUGCAACCCCUUGGGACUCCUCUGCAAGUCUAGGCACCUCCACAACCACAAGAGAAACCUCAGCACCCACCAUGGACAUGGACACCUCUAGAGUGGCCACCUUGAGAGCUACCACGUUGAGCACUGAGAUGCCCAUGGACUCUGCAUCAACUACCAUAGGAACCCUGACCACCCCCAUUGACACAUCUCCCACAGACCCCCCGAACACCUCCAUGGCCUCCUCCAAAAUGACCACAGAUGACUCACAACUUCCCACCUCCUCUUUAACAACCACCACACACACCYCAGCAACUUCCACGGACACACACRUCUCUGCAGACACCUCGGUCACUAACAGCAGCCCAGACAGGACCACUGCAUCCACCACGGACACCUCUCCUCACACUUACACCUCCUCCACACCCAGCUCCUCCUCCUCCACUCACACCUCUGACACCCCCAGUGGCACAUGGCCAUCCACAGCAGACACCUCAGCACCUACAACAGCUCCCACCUCUGCAGACACCACCAAGAACACCUUGGCCAGCACUGCCCUCACACACACCUCACACUCCACCACCACCAGCUCAGCUUCUACAYGGAGCAUGGGAAGCGCAGCUCCAUCUCACAGCACCACUACCAGGCUCCCCAACACUUCCACAACCACCACUGAGGUCUCACAAGCCACCACAAGCACCAGUCCUUCCUCACCAGCCUUCCCCACCACCACCAAUAGCAGUCCUUGGGAAACUCCCUCCUACAUCCCUACGACAUCUGGAGCCUCCUCGGCCACUCCAGGUAUCUCGACAGCCACAGGAGAAACCUCUUCACCCACCACAGACAUGGACGACUCUACAGCAACCGCCUUCACAGCCAUCACACUGAGCACUGAGAUGCCCAUGGACACCGCAUCAAGCACCAUAGGGACGCUGACCACCCCCAUGGACACAUCUCCCACAGACACCCCACACCACAGCACCACAACCUCCUCCAAAACAACCACAGACACCUCAGAACCUCCCACCACCUCUUUAACAACGGCCACACACACCUCGGCAACUUCCACAGACACACACGUCUCUACAGACACCUUGGUCACUAACAGCAGCCCAGACAGGACUACUGCAACCAGACUGGACACCCACAGCAGCCCCCUCGCAGACACCACCAGCACCACACCAGCUGCAACAGCGGCCUUGGGAACCGCAGCAACCUCAGGACCUCCCACCUCUGCUUUGGACUCCUUCUCCACCGCCACCAUGGACAUCAACAGCAGCCCCCUGACACCCACCACAGACAUCUUGCAUACCACCAGCUUCUCCAUACCACCGUCUAUAGAUGACGUUGGAACCGCAGCUUCAUCCACUGUCAUCCCCACAACUCUCGCCACCACCUUCAGCUCCAACACAGAAACCUCCCAAGCCACCUCCAGCUCCCCUUCAACCCUAUCAAGCAUCUCCACCACGGCCACGGCUCCUUCGGAAAGUCCUACAAAUGGUGCUGCAACCCCGGGAGCCUCCUCUGCCACCCUGGGCACCUCGGCAACCACAGGAGGAUCCUCAGCACCCACCAUGGACAAGGAMGACUCUACGGUGGCCACCUCCACAGCGACUACAUUAAGCACUGAGAUAGCCACGGACACGGCAUCAACCACCCUUGGAACCCUGACCACCCCCAUGGACACAUCUCCUCCCACAGACACCCCAAACACCUCCACGGCCUCCUCCAAAACAACCACAGAAAACUCAGAACCUCCCACCUCCUCCUCAUCAACCACCACACACACCUCCACAACUCCCACGGACACAGACACCUCGGAUGCCACCACCACCACAAACACACCACAUUCCUCAGAGAAUCCGACAACCACAACGACUGUCACCACCACUAGUGCUGAGACCACCAUGACCACCUCGGGCAUCCACAGCAGCCCCCUCACAGGCACCACAGACAGCUUGGACACCACCUUCACCACACCAUCUUCUACACACGCCAUGGGAUCCGCGGCUUCAUCCACUCUUAUCUCCAACACCCUCUCCACCACCUUCAGCUCCACCAACGAAGUCUCCCAAGACACCACAACCGUCUCUCCAACACCAUCCACCUUCUCCACCACCAAGGGCCCUCCUGACACUCCCACACAACCCGCUGCAACCCCUGCGAUCUCCUCAGCYACCCUGGACACCUCCACAAGCCCUGAACAAUCCUCACCCCUCACCACGGACACCAACACGGACACCUCCACCAAAGACACUGCUGCCUCCUCCACUCACACCUCCGACACCACCAGUGGCCCAUGGCCAACCACAGCACACACCUCUGCCACCCUCUCCACCACGUCCAGAACCACCAAGGAGAUCUCAGAAGUCACCACAAGCACCACUCUGACCUCAUCGGUCUUCUCCACAACCAACAUGGGCACUUGGGAAACUCCCAUGAGCGCCACUACAACCCCUGGGGCUUCCUCUGGCACCCUGGGCACCUCAGCAGCCACAAGAGAAACGUCAGCCACCACCAUGGACAUGGACAGCUCUACAGCAAUCACAUUAACAGCCACCACAUUAAGCACUGAGAUGCCCACGGACACUGCAUCAAGCACCACCACAGGAACCCUGACCACCCCCAUGGACACAUCUCCUGCCACAGACACUCCAACCGCCACCACAGCCUCCUCCACAGACACCUCAGAACCUCCCACCUCCUCCUCCUCAACCACCACCGACACCKCUGCAACUUCCACAGACACUCGUGUCUCUACAGACACCUCGGUCACAGACAGCAGCCUGGAAGGGACCAUUGUAACCUCCAUGGACACCUCUCCUCAAACUUACACCUCCUCCACCGCCAUCUCCUCCACAUCCAYGGACACCCUCUCUACCACGUCCAGAACUACCACAGAAAUCUCCCAUGGAAGCACAAGCACCACUCCAUCCUCAUCAGCCUUCUCCACCACCACCAAUAUGGGCACUUGGGAGACUCCUACUAACAUCACGACAACCCCUGGAGCCUCCUCGGCCAGACCAGGCACCUCUGCAGCCACAAGAGAACCCUCAGCACCCACCAUGGGCACGGACAACUCUACAGCAACCACCUUAACAACCAUCACCCUARGUACUGAGAUGCCCAUGGACACUGCAUCCACCACCACAGGAACCCUGACCACCCCCAUGGACACAUCUCCUCCCACAGACACCCCAAACACCUCCACGGCCUCCUCCAAAACAACCAUCGACACCUCAGAACCUCCCACCACCUCCCUGACAACCACCACAGGCACCCCUGCAACAUCCACAGGCACCUCGGCCACCUUGGAUACCACCCGCCCCAAUAACACACCCCAUUCAACAGAGACCUCCGUGACUACAACAAGCGCCACCACCGCGAGUGCUGAGACCACCAUGACCACCUUGGACAUCCAGAGCAGCCCCCUCACAGACACCACRCCCACAACCACCACACCACCUUCCACAGAGCCCUUGGGAACCGCAGCAACCUCAGGAMCUCCCACCUCUGCUUUGGACUCCUCCACUACCACCAUGGACAUCWACAGCAGCCCCCUCACACCCACCACAGACAUCUUGCAUACCACCAGCUUCUCCAUACCACCGUCUACAGAUGACGUUGGAACCGCAGCUUCAUCCACUGUCAUCCCCACAACUCUCGCCACCACCUUCAGCUCCAACACAGAAACCUCCCAAGCCACCUCCAGCUCCCCUUCAACCCUAUCAAGCAUCUCCACCACGGCCACGGCUCCUUCGGAAAGUCCUACAAAUGCUGCUGCAACCCCGGGAGCCUCCUCUGCCACCCUGGGCACCUCUGCAACCACARGAGGAUCCUCAGCACCCACCAUGGACAAGGACGACUCUACGGUGGCCACCUCUACAGAGACUACAUCAAGCACUGAGAUAGCCACRGACACGGCAUCAACCACCCUUGGAACCCUGACCACCCCCAUGGACACUUCUCCUCCCACAGACACCCCUAACGCCACCACGACCUCCUCCACAGACACCUCAGAACCUCCCACCUCCUCCUCCUCAACCACCACCGACACCUCUGCAACUUCCAUGGAAUCAAAUGUCUCUACAGACACCUCGGUCACAGACAGCAGCCUGGACGGGACCAUCGCAACCUCCAUGGACACCUCUCCUCACACUUACACCUCCUCCACCACCAUCUCCUCCACCUCCACUCACACCUCUGACACCACCAGUGGCCCAUGGMCAACCACAGCAGACMCCUCAGCACCUACAACCCAAGCCUCUGCUCACACCACCACCAUGAACUCGGGCACCACCAGCAACCCCCUCACAUCCACCACAGGCAACUCGCCCACCACCACACCAGAUUCUACAGGGAGCUUGGUUUCUGUGGCCACCUCCAGCACCACCUACACCACAACGUCGGAGAAUGUCCCCUCCACCGCUGAAGUCUCACUAGGCCCCACAARCACCUCUCCAACCUCAUCAGACUCCUCCAACACCCUCACAGCCACCGGGGGAACGACCGUGAGGACCACCACCUCCACAGACACUUUCACCUCCACCACGGACACCUCCUCAUCCUCCGCUCACACCUCGCACACCACCAGCAGCACAUGGCAAAGCACCGCAGAAACCUCUCCACUUCCCAGCACCGCAUCUGCCUCCACCACCACCCCAGGCAUCAACAGCCGCCCUCCCACAGACACCACAACCAUGCAGGACACCGUGACCACCAAAACCACAGCAGCUUCCACUGGUGCCUUGGGGAGCACAGCAACCUCCAACACCUCCUAUGGAGAAACCACCACCACCGUCUCGGCCAGCGUCUUGCCCCUCACACCCACCUCACGCUCCACCACCACCAUCUCAGCUUCUGCACCGAGUAUGGAGAGCACAACAACAUCUGACAGCACCACCAACACCUUCUCCACCGCUUCAGACACCUCGGCAACUUCCACGGUCUUCACCAACAGCUCGGCCACCACCACCAACCCCAACRCAGCCAGCACACUCAACUCUGUCACCUCAGGUCUUUGCGAGGACGGAUUUGUCUGGGUCAACGGCCAGUGUCAGUGUCCCUCGGGUGUCACGGGUGACCGGUGUGAAUUUGCUGAGGACACCUUUGACGCUAAAAUCGAGGCAAAUGGGACYGUACAGCUGGAGGUGCGGGUCACCAACCAGGAGUUCACCAGUGACCUCAAGGACAACAGCUCUUCGGCGUAUCGUGCCUUUGUGCAGAAGUUCACCAAGCAGAUGGACAAUGUUUACAAGAACAUUGCUGGAUACCGGGGCAUCGAGAUCCUACGUUUAACACCUGGCAGCAUCGUGGUAGAUCACAAAGUGAUCAUCUCCCUGCCGGUGACCUCCCAAGUGCAGGACGAGCUCCGCAACCUCUCCCUGGUCCUGCGGGAAGAGAUACGGGCGGCAGCGGCCCAGCAGAACUGCACGGAGGGCACGGACGAGCUCUGCUUCAACUCCUCCGUUAACGUGGUUGACCCYGGAUCGCUUUCCUUCGACGUGGAGACCUACUGCCAGCAGAUCACCCCCGAGGGCUACCAGGACUUCUACUUCCCCAACCUGACAAGCUCGGGGCUGUUGUGCAUGUCCAACUGCACGGCCAACACCCUGAGCACCAUCGACUGCAACUACGGGCAGUGCCACCUCACCCGCAGCGGCCCGCAGUGCUUCUGCCACGAGACCAAUAUCUACUGGUACCAGGGCACCCGCUGCAAAACCCGGACCAGCAAGAUCGCCGUGGGGCUGGGCUUGGCCGUAGCAGUUCUGAUCGUGGUCAUCAUUGUCCUCGCUGGCCUCCUCUACAGAGCCCGGAGAACAAAGUCAUUUGACAGGUGA